UUAGCAUUAUCUUAAACCUCAGGAUUACCCUCCCUCCUCUAUUCCAGUAUCUCUCUCUCUCUCUCUCUCUCUCUCUCUCUCCAGAGGAUCGCCUACUCAUCCAUUCACCAAUCCAUGUGUGCAUCUUUGGUGAACUCCAGCUGCAUUAAACUUCUACGCUACUGCCCUGUAUUCCUGCCACCUGUCCCCACAACUCUACUACUGCUCACCAGGUCCAGGAGUCCUCGUACCCUCCUCCUAGGUUGUUUCACGGAGAAGAACAGCAACACAGUCUCACCUUCCAAUACCUCUCCUUUCGCUUCUUUUGCUCGUUCCAGUACAAGUGGUGGUAGAGGAAGAGGAAUGGAGAAGAGAAACGAUAGAGAGAGAUCAAGAGGUCGUGGUGGUGGCUCUGGUAAAGAUAAGAUUGAUGCUCUUGGUAGGCUAUUGACGCGUAUUUUGCGCCAUAUGGCUACUGAGUUGAAUUUGAACAUGCGGAGUGAUGGGUAUGUGAAGGUUCAAGAUUUGUUAAAUCUGAAUAUGCAGACUUUUGCUAAUAUUCCGUUGAGAUCACACACUAUUGAUGAUAUUAAGGAGGCUGUCAGAAGGGAUAAUAAGCAGCGUUUCAGCCUCUUGGAAGAAAAUGGUGAGCUUUUGAUACGUGCUAACCAAGGCCACACAUUAACGACAGUUGAGUCUGAAAGCUUAUUGAAACCAAUCCUUUCCCCUGAAGAAGUUCCAGUGUGCAUACAUGGAACCUAUAGCAGAAAUUUGGAAUCAAUUUUGAAGAUUGGUCUAAAACGUAUGAAAAGAUUGCAUGUUCACUUUUCUUGCGGCUUGCCAGCAGAUGGGGAAGUAAUAAGUGGUAUGAGACGGGAUGUCAAUACUUUGAUCUUUCUUGAUGUCAGAAAAGCUUUGGAAGAAGGAAUGAAGCUUUACAUUUCAGAAAACAGGGUAAUCUUAACUGAAGGUUUUGAUGGUGUUGUGCCGGUCAAGUACUUUGAAAAGAUAGAAUCCUGGCCUGAUAGGAAAUCAAUACCUUUUGAACAUAGAUCAAAUGAGUAGUCCUUUUUGGUCAAAUAUUUCUAUUUUUCCUUUCUAUAAGGCCUACAGCUACAUGUAACACCUCUGCUAUUCUUUUUUCAUUAACACCUCUGCUAUUCUUUUUUCUUACUUCAUUAUUUGGAGUCGGGUUUUAUGUC